AUGCGUCGAAUACCGAUAACCAGCAGGUCAAUUGGCCUUUUAAGACCAUAUACCACGCCAACGCCAUACCUAUGCGCGAUAUGCAGACAUCAAGCUCCCGCAUUCUCGACAUCCUCCCUGCGAUCUUCCUUGGACAUGACGGAGCAGCUUCGACGGAAGGUAUGGGGUACAGAUAACCCACCAGGAUUAGAGGAUCCAUAUGGUGGCCAGAGCAAGUUUGAAAAGAAAAAACCCCAGCCGACUCCCCAGCCGACUGUGGCACCUCGCAAGAUGACCGCGGCGCCUCAACUUCCCGCAGACUAUGUGCCCUCGUCUACUUGGGAUGGACUGGAAAGUGUUGGAGAUAUCUGGGAACCAGAAUAUGAGUUCGGAGGCUUCUUGCCUGCUGAAAUGGUCACAGAUACCGAUGAGAUGACUGCGGCGUUGCAUCGAGCUAUGGUCGAAAUAUUUGCGCUGAAGCAGGCUGGCUUGUCGCUGCUAGAUCUUCCGAAGGCUGUUCUCGGGGUGGAUCCUACACACGAUGUAGAUAUUGUCCCUGGCGUAGAUGGCACUCAGUUGCGAUUUAACAAAGACUCAUCCCUCGCGGAGGUUCUCCAGGCUCUGAUUCAUGAUGUCUCAUUGUCUCCUGUGGAUGAGACGGCCGAGAAGGGUGCACCGACUGAGGCUGAAGAAGACGUCGCGGCGGAUAGAUCCGAGUUAGAUCCUCUACACCCUGACGAAAGCUCUACCACUAUCGACGAGACUGCCGUGAAAGAAUGGCCCACAGAAUCGGAAGAAGAUGUUGCUGCGGACCGAUCUGAAGUAGAUCCUCUAAAGGAUUCGGAAGCUUACAUGCCGUAUGAAGAAUUGAUUGCUUCAUGGGAUCCAUCAUGGCUCCAAGUCUCCGUUGAAGAUCCAGAGAUCAAAUUCGCCAUCCUCAAGCGAACGCUGCAAUUGACUGGAGUUCGAGUCCCGGAUUCCGCGAUCAGGUCAACUAGAACCGCUCAAUCGAUCCUGUCACACCUCGUUACACCCCCAAAGCCUCGCAAACUCAUCGACGCCUUGGAACAAAAAGAAGAUUUAAUCACUCUGCCGAAUGUCAGUGUCUUUGCAAAGAGAGUCACUCCUAUUCACAAAGAGAAAUCGAUUGGAAGAUGGAAGCUUAUUGAGAAGGAAUUGGAAGCAAGAGAGCUCCCUGUUACAGGCAAUUGGUGA